AUGUGUACAGGCAGUGACCGGCUCUUCCUCUACGACUCCGAUGGCCGCCCCAGUGUUGGGGCACCUAUCGUAGCGUGCGAUGGCUGGAGGGAUGCCACUGACCAGAAGAAACAGGAGAUCUUGGAAGAGGCCUUGGCUCAGCUGAAGACGCAGGGCUUUGUGGUCUUGGAACGUCUCUUCGCGCCCGAACAGCUGCAGGUCCUCCUCGAAGAGUUCCGAGGCCAGCGGAAGACUGGGCUUCCAGCGGGGGUGACCUUCAGUCGGAUGAGAGCCAAACGAGACAUGACUAUCCCUCCCUUCGACAAGCUAUGGGCAGAUGAUGACAUCAUUUGUCAUCCGUUGAUUCUCGCUCUCCUGUGCAGAUAUUUGCGGAACAGCACCAACAUGAGCGAGGAGAAAUCGGCGGAGAUGUCCUUUGCCCAUUGGCUCGGUGCAGGUGGAGACAUCGAAACGUUCACCUCUGGCAGGCUGAGUGCUGGCUAUCCAGAGUUGGACCUGCUAGUGGUGGUGGAUACCCCUGCAGGGGCGCCAGCCCAGACACAGCACCGCGACACCAUUUUGCCGGGACCUUGUGCAUCGCUCGGGGUUCAUAUUCCCUUGACCACCAUGCAGGCCGAGCCCCUGAACGGCGCCAUCGGCUUCUUCCCCGGCUCCCACCUGCUGCGCGGUGCCCUCGGGGCGUCGCAUCCAACGCCUGCGACGGAGGUGGUGGGUGCCACAGCGCCAGGCUCGGUGCUGCUGUACGACUCCUUCACGGAGCACCGGGGAUUGGAGAACGAGAGUGCAGAGCCUCGCGCCGCACUCUUCGCUUGGUUCCGAGUCCCAGGGGUUUACACCGGGCACACUGAGGAGAACUUUGGACCUGAGGGCCUCCAUCGUGCCAAUGAGUUCCGUCACUAUGUGAGGCCCCGUCUUCAGACGGUGGAGUCGGAACAAAGAGAAUUGUCAAAAGGCGAAGGUGAUGAGGAGGCUUGGGGCUUCAAGCGCGGUUCCAAAUUGGUUCCAUGGACACGCUCCUGGGGCGAAGAAAGCGUUUGCUUCCGCUGCAACCAGACGGCGCUCAGCGGGGUCAGUGCGUCUCGCCCCGGCGCCGUACGCAAUGAGUGGUACUGCCAGAGCUGCUGGGAGGAAUGCGGUGGCACACCUGAAGCAUGGCCUGGGAAUCUGACUGAGCCAUGGGAACAACCAGAUCGUGUAAGUGAAGAACGGCUCAAGGAGCUUCAAGCACGAGGGCUCAACAUCACUCCUGGCAAGGGACGUCACAAACUGACACUGCUUCGGGAGAGAGGCUAUUUCAUCCCAGUUGACCCAUCCAAUGCUUGGCUCGAUCGGGUGAGCAACGACCCGCAACCCUCCGGAUGGAAGGAUGCGAUGAAGAAAGCCUUAGGUGAAGUUCCACGUUUCGAUGGUUUCUAGCCAGAGCUCGCG